UUACUUCCGCCAGGCCGGCCCGAGGGCGCGGCCAAGCGGGCGCUGCCGCGUCAGCGCGGGCGGAGCGGCGGCCCCAAGAUGGCGGAGCACCGCCCCGGCCCUGCCCCCGGCCGCCCGCCCGCCCUCCGAGCCGCAGCAGCCGCGGCGGCAGCCAUGGCGUCGGGGUGUCGGAUCGGUCCCUCCAUCCUCAACAGCGACCUGGCGGCGCUGGGCGCCGAGUGCAGUCGCAUGCUGGACUGCGGGGCCGACUACCUGCACCUGGAUGUAAUGGACGGACACUUCGUCCCGAACAUCACCUUCGGCCACCCCGUCGUGGAGAGCCUGCGCAAGCGGCUGGGCCAGGAGCCCUUCUUCGGUAAGGGCCGGGGGCUGCGGGCCGCUGUCCCUGCGGCAGCGGGACUCGGCCCCGCUGCCCCUCGCUCUCCUCUUCCAGACAUGCACAUGAUGGUGGCCGCGCCUGAGCAGUGGGUGAAGCCCAUGGCGGUCGCCGGUGCAAACCAGUACACCUUCCAUCUAGAAGCGACAGACAAUCCCGGGGCACUGAUAGAGGACAUUCGGGAGAACGGGAUGAAGGUUGGCUUGGCCAUCAAGCCUGGCACUACAGUUGAACAGUUGGCACCUUGGGCCAAUCAGAUAGACAUGGCUUUGGUGAUGACGGUAGAACCUGGGUUCGGAGGACAGAAAUUUAUGGAAGACAUGAUGCCAAAGGUUCAGUGGCUGAGGACACAGUUUCCCUCCUUGGAUAUAGAAGUGGAUGGAGGAGUUGGGCCUGACACCAUCCACAAGUGUGCAGAGGCAGGUGCCAAUAUGAUUGUGUCUGGCAGCGCCAUUAUGAAGAGCGCAGACCCGAGGUCUGUGAUCAACCUCCUCAGGAAUGUGUGUUCAGAAGCAGCCCAGAAGCGCAGUCUGGAUCGAUGAGACCUGCCCAAGCUGUGUUCCAGAGAAGGCUCUGGGCAUGCAGGAGAACCCUCUUCUCGUGCAUAAGCUUGGGCUGGAUGAACACCAGCUACAGAAACUUCUUGCUGCUGAACAGAGGAAUCAUUCCUGCACUGCAAUGAAGCAAGCAGCAGUGAGAAACACUCUAGCUGUCUUUCAGGGUUGGAAAUGCAAUGGUUUGAACCUGUCUCUUGAUUUUGUGGAGGCUAAUUUUGUGGCACGACCUGUAAUGCUGACUGGAUUGAACUACAGUCAGUUUGUUGCUUGCUAGAAGAGUGUAGCAUCGCCACAAGAAUCUCUCUUGUGGAAGACUCUUAAUCAAACUGCCUUCUGCUGUUUGUAUUUUGUCAUUUGAUCUGUGCAUUCCUACAAAACUUUUCCACUACUGCAUUAAACACCCCUUAUUUGGUGUGUUAAAUUC